AUGAAGAUCCGUGUAGUCCAGAUCUGGGGUUUCCUGAUGACAGUUUUGGGUUGGAUCUUUGUGGCCUGCACCUUGGCGAUGGAGGGCUGGAAGAUCGCCUCCAUCGGGGGUAUGGGGGGCACUGCCAUCAUCAGGGUGGCCUGGUACUGGUCCAACCUGUGGAAAUCCUGUUUUACAGACUCAACUGCUGUCACCAACUGCCACGACUUCCCUGUGCUCUGGUCUGUGGAGGGCUCCAUCCAGAUAGUGCGAGGCCUGCUGAUGGGAGCUCUUUCCCUGGGCAUGCUUGGGUUUGUGCUCAGUCUGAUGGGAAUGGAGUGCACCUUCAUUGGGGGAAAAGACCGGUCCAAGUACAAGAAGAUCUACACUGGUGGAUGGUGCCACAUAAUCAGCGGUUUGCUGUCCACAUGUGGGUAUGCGGUUUAUGUGCAGCAUGUCUCAGUAGAAUACUUCAGCCCUAACUUGGAUGAACUGAAGUAUGACCUUGGCACCCCACUGUUCCUCGGCUGGGUCGGCUCGCUCUUUCAAAUGACUGGUGGCUUCUUCUAUCUGUGGUCAGUGUGUACGUCGCUCUGUGGAGGAGAGGACAAGGUAAUCAACAUCCAGCCACUGCCAGACCCCGAGCAAAACAACUCCACCACAGCUUUGUCCACAGUGUCAGAGAACACCUCCAAGACCAAAGUGUCUUCUGUCUCUGAACUUUUGUCCAAGUCUGGGCACUCAGACAUUUCCUCAAGAUCUGCACACACAUUUAAAUCAGGACGCACAGCCAAGUCAGGGUGGCCAUCGAAGACGGGGCGAGCCACGGGGGAUGCAGGGUCGUGGUCAGGAUCCGGAUCCAGCCUCUCGUCGAGGUCCAGCAUAUCAACUUUGUCCGAGUCCAGCAGCAGCAGCAGCAGCAGCAGCCGGACAGCGUUGUCGCUGUCAUACAUUUCAAGGAGUGAGACUACACAGUUCUUAAAAAACUCUUAUAUUUGA